CCCAACACCAUGAUUCGAGCAAUGGCGCCAGCCUUGUAAAUAGCGGUCGCUGGCCAACCCCUGGGAACCAAUUGUGCGAAAAGAACUUGGUACUACAUCCGCGUUAGUGCGUGGCGUAAUGCUCUGCAAGCUCUUGAACUGCAGUCCGAUGUGCACCAACUUAAAUCAAUACAAACCCCGCUAAUUAUGCCCUACAAGCCCAUGAAAUGCCGACCUCGAUCAACUCGCGUACAGUGGCUUGCGUGUUAGUCGCGAUCGUCGUGCAAGCAGGCCUCUACUACUACUUCACCCGUCGCACCAUCCUCCUGGUCGGCGUCCUCUCUGCACGCGGCAACUUCGAACGGCGCGCCGUCGCCCGGGAGACCUGGCUCAGCGGUACGCCUCGUGUCAAGUCUUUCUUCGUCGUCGGCCAGCAACCCUGCCGCGUACCGCCCGAAGAUCGAGUCGACCCUUACGUCUGCGCCCGCUGGGAACCCAACGUCACCGCGAUCACCGAAAACCUCGAGUUUUACGCUACAACGGCCAAAACCCGCGACUGUUUUCCCCGUAGGCGAACUUUGUACACGGGCUUCAGCUUUCAAGUCCGCCACACGAUCUUGAUCUCGAGGUUGGGGGUCCUAGCCGACAUCCUUAGCGGAACCACAGGUGUCACGGUCGCCCUCAUCAACGCAGUCACCAGGGAAAUCGUCCGCAAGACCGUGAUCAGUUCGGAGAACGGAAAGGAGGAGGACGGCUACUAUUACCGCAACGUGGAUAGGGUCGUUCUACACCGGUACUUCGAAGGUAUCAUAAAUUUAUCCGGGGAAAUCAUCUCGGAGACCUGCUCGAGUACGCUGGCCUGGAACAAUCUCUCGAACCUGUUGUCGUACAAGCGGCUGUACGUGGAUCACGAGGAGUCGCGCAGCGUCGGGUGGUUCCCGGAGGCCGUGUCGGGGGUUGGAGUCCGCUUCGUGAUCUCGGACGCGCUGCCCAGCCUUUUGGAUCACGUGGACGAUGCGGAGAUGCGGCAAGCCGCCUGGGACGAGCGCGUCGACGACGAGCAAAUGAGGCUCGAGGCCGAGGCCCGCAGAUAUGGGGACGUCGCGCUGGUUCCUGUGGUGGACGUGUACAGGAGUCUUGCGGCGAAGUUGCUCGCAUUCUUCGGCGCCAUCUUGGAGAGGUCAGUGGAGUUUGACUUCUUGUACAAGACGGACGACGACACGGUGGCCAACUUGGAGGCCAUCAGGGACCACGUGCCCACGACAAGGCAGAACGUCUGGUGGAGUUCGUUUCGGGAAAACUGGCCCGUGGAGCGGUAUGGCAAGUGGGCCGAAGCGAGCUACAGAGCGUCUUCGUACCCGGCCUUCGCGUGCGGCUCGGGCUAUGUGCUCUCCAGAAACCUGGUCCUGUGGCUGGCGAGGAACAAGAACUCUUUGCACCCGUACCAGGGCGAGGACGUGUCCAUGGGGAUAUGGUUGGCCGCCGUGGCGCCCACGCUCAUCCACGACGACCACAACUGGACGUGCGGGUACCCGUGCCACGAGGGCGUGCCGAGUCCCUUCAACCGGGCCCAACUCUCGCCUGCCGAGAUAAAGAAAGUCUGGACAAACUUCAAAAGGACAGGGAAGCUCUGCUAAUGUCACCGGUUCGUCGUUGGUUCGCCGCCGGUUGAGGACGGAAGGGUGGACGCUGCAACUAGUCUCGGGGUUAUCAAGGUGCCAGAUCCGCUGCGGUAAUAAAUUAUUAUUUAUGUGUUA